GACGCUGCUCCUCGCACCCGGGCAAGAUGACAGUGAAAAGCUUCAGCCAGGGCCAACAAUUCCGGCCGCGAAUGGCUUUCUUGCGGAAGAUUGAACCUCUGAUCAUGGAGAUGCAGGACCCUGGGACUGGGAUCAAAACACAGACCCAGAGGCUGAUGAUCACCACCAUUCCUCAUGCUGUGACAGGGAACGAUGUGUUGGAGUGGCUGAUUCAACGUCUGCAGGUCACAGAGGAAGAAGGCAGCCUAUUGGGAAACCUGCUGGUGAAGCUUGGCUACAUCUACCCCUUACAGGAGCCCAAGAACUUAGUCCUGAGGCCAGACAACAGUCUUUACAGGUUCCAGACACCAUACUUCUGGCCCAGUCAGGAGUGGCCAGCAGAGGACACUGACUACGCAAUUUAUUUGGCAAAGAAAAAUAUCCGUAAAAAAGGUGUGUUGGAAGAAUAUGAGAAGGAAAAUUACAACCUCCUGAACAGAAAGAUCAAUCAUAAAUGGGACUUUGUCAUCAUGCAAGCGAAGGAGCAGUACCGCGCAGGCAAAGAGCGCAAGAAAGCCGAUAGGUUCGUGCUGGAUUGUCAGGAGAGGGCCUAUUGGCUGGUGCACAGACCAGAGCCGGGGUCCCUGGAUGUGCUGGAUUACGGGAUUAACCGCGCCACAGACCCUAACGUGAAUAAGGUAGAGCAGAAAAAGACCUACGACUCUUACAGGAGGGAGAUCAUGUACUAUCAACAAGCCCUGGUGAAGUCCAGAGUGAAGUCUUCUGUCUCACUGGGAGGGAUUGUAAAACACUGCGAGCAGUACUUCACCCAUGACCCCAUAAUGUCAGGGUGCCUUCCAAGCAACCCUUGGAUCACUGACGACACAACACUUUGGGAACUCAACGCUCCGAUGGUGGACAACCCCACCAAGCUGCGGGUGGAGAGGUGGACCUUCAGCUUCGCCGAGCUGAUGAGGGACCCCCGGGGCCGGCAGAACUUCGAGCUCUUCCUGAAGAAGGAAUUCAGCGGAGAGAACCUCGCCUUCUGGGAAGCCUGCGAAGACCUGAAGUACGGAGAGCAGUCCAAGGUCAAGGAGAAGGCCGAAGAGAUCUACAAGACCUUCCUGGCCCAGGGAGCAAGACGUUGGAUAAACAUCGACGGCAGGACCAUGGAGAUUACAGUGAAGGGUCUGCAACACCCCCAUCGCUACGUGCUGGACGCUGCCCAGACUCACAUUUACAUGCUCAUGAAAAAGGACUCGUAUCCACGUUUCUUGAAAUCACCCAUUUACAAGGAGACGCAAAAUAAGGCAUUGGUUCCCGAAGAGACCAAGCAAAAGAGCAACUUCCCCUUCAUGAGGAGGCAGAGGCGCUCGAGUCCCAGCCCCGUGAUCCUGCGGCAGCUGGAGGAGGAGGCGCGGGCGCGGGCAGCCGCCAGUGCCAAGGUGGUCGACAUCACGCAGAUAUGUAGGUUCACUGCUCCUGUUCCCAACCUGACGGUGUACACAGGAUUAUGUAACUCACCGUGUUUCCCAAGCCCUUCCUCAUCUGAUCCGGGCAACGGCGACCUUUCCUUCUACUCCCCCAGAUAUGUUCCAUUACCAAACAGUGCCAUCUGCUCCUCGCCCAUCAGCGCAGCCUUAGACACCAACCCAGCACUGGAUGGAAGGUGGGAGCCAAAUAAUGCUGCUCCCAAUCAGUUGUCCUCGGCUGCUGUAAGCACAGAGUUGUCCCCUGGGUCCAAACCCGACAGCUGUAACCAGAGACCUGCACCCAUGGAGACCAAACCUUCUCCGAAAUCCAAGAUGGCGUUGUCCUUCAGCCGGUUUCUGAAGCGGGGCUGCACGAACUCACCAGUUUUUGCCACCCUGUCGCCAAGGUGCAUCUCACUGAGUAAUGGAAAGAUCCAACCCUUAAAUGGUGACGAGAAACAGUCACAGCUAAAGCCAAGGCGAGUGUCCAACUUUUUCCAAAUCAAAGUCGACGUCCCAUCUGAGUGCAGAAUUUAUCCCAUAGACUCAGAGGAGGACAAUGAGGACAGUCAGCACAGCAGAAGAGACUCCACGAAGGAGGUUAUUUGUCCGUGGGAGAACGUGGUCAAGGAGAGUAAAGCCGGGUGA